AUGGCUUCCACGUACUCGCUUCCGUCCGAUUACACCGAAGACAACCCGUUCACCAAGAGGGAGAUGUCCCUUUUCAUCGUCAUCUACACUUUCUGUGUCAUUUUGCUCAUUAUCAUGUACGAGCACCUCAUGCCGGUCAUCAACAAUCCCACGUAUCCUCAUUACAAUAAAGUGCCUUCGUUUGAAUUUGUAGCUCCGCAAAAGGUGAUGCCCGGUCUUUGA